UUUGAAACUUCUCACAUAGGGAUGAGUUUUCAAUUACCCUUGUUUCAAAGCUAUAUUCGCCCUAUAUGAACAAAAGAAAGCAUGCAAAGCAUCUGAUUGGAUGCCUUACACGACAUCCUAGUUACUAGUUAAUCAAAUGAAUCAGGUGCUAAAGAGAAUGGUUAAUUAGAUAGUAAAAGUAAACGUUCUAAUGAAAGAAAAACCAAUGAAACGAAUAUCUCACGAAAUGUGAAGAUGUUUUGCCUUAUCAUCACGCACUAUAAAUCGACCACCCAACUCUCUCUUCAUUAAUUGGCUGUAACGAGCUUGCAAUAAUUGAUACCCUCACGAAACUCAUGCACUAGCAGGCAUUCAGCCAUCAAUUCUUUCUUAUUUAAACAAACCAGAUUUCCCAUCUUAUAUAUUCGGAUUUUGGAGCAACCCCACCAAUUUACUUCCAUAAUGCCUGCAACUGCAACAUCAAGAGUGGUAGAGAUCCCAACUGACAAACCAUCUCAGUCACCUUCAGUUUCAUAUCCCACCAAGAAAUGGCAGGCCAACCUAUUGCAGAUAAUGCUUUCAGAGCUGAAAAUACAGAGAGGACUAGCACUUCCAUUGGUGGCCAUGAACUUAACCUGGUUUGUGAAGAUCGCGGUGACUACAGCUUUUCUAGGCAGGCUUGGGGAGCUCCAGUUAGCCGGUGGCACACUCGGUUUCACCUUCGCUAAUGUCACCGGUUUCUCCUUCCUCAAUGGACUUUGUGGUGCCAUGGAACCUAUCUGUGGUCAAGCUUUUGGAGCUAAAAACUUCAGGCUCCUUCACAAGACACUUUUGAUGGCCAUAAUCUUGUUACUGUUAACUACACUACCUGUUUCGUUCCUGUGGCUUAAUGUUGAUAAAAUUCUAAUCCAUUUUGGCCAAAAAGAAGACAUUUCAGCUGUUGCAAAGACGUAUCUUUUCUAUCUUCUACCUGAUUUGGUUGUCACUUCAUUGCUAUGCCCUCUCAAGGCCUAUUUGAGCUCUCAAAGCAUAACUAUCCCCAUCAUGUUUAGCUCGGCUUUAGCGCUUGCUUUUCACAUCCCCAUCAAUAUCUUUCUUGCAAAAGCUAAGGGUAUUGAAGGGGUUUCGAUGGCAAUCUGGAUAAGCGAUCUCAUAGCUGCAAUCCUUCUGGUCUUGUAUGUAGUGGUGAAAGAGAAUAGAAAGGGAGAGAACUGGAAUGAGGGAGGAUGGUGGGAUCAACGAGUUGAAGACUGGCUUAGACUGCUCAAGCUUAGUGGACCAUGUUGUCUUACCACCUGCCUUGAAUGGUGGUGCUAUGAGAUUCUAGUCUUGCUUACCGGAAGGCUACGGAAUGCCAAGCAGGCAGUCGGAGUGAUUGCUAUCGUUCUGAACUUCGACUACUUGCUCUACUCUGUGAUGUUAUCACUUGCCACGUGUGCAUCUACUCGUGUAUCUAAUGAGCUCGGUUCAAACCAGCCCAUAGCCGCCUACCAGUCUGCAUACGUAACUCUUGCAGUGAGCACAAUUUCCGGUUGCGUUGGUGCAUUGGCAAUGGUGGGCGCGAGAGGCGUUUGGGCUCCUCUGUUUAGCCAUGACAAAGGAAUCAUAACAGGAGUGAAAAAGAUGAUGCUGCUAAUGGCAGUGAUUGAAGUUGUAAACUUCCCCUUAGCUGUUUGUGGAGGAAUUGUUCGUGGAACAGCUCGGCCAUGGUUGGCAAUGUAUGCAAACCUUGGGGGCUUCUAUCUCUUAGCUUUACCGUUGGGUGUUGUUUUGGCAUUCAAAGCUGCACUUGGACUGAGCGGGUUAUUGAUAGGACUUUUAGUUGGGAUGGCAACAUGUUUGGCAUUGUUGUUGGUGAUGGUUGUGAGAAUAAAGUGGCAUGAAGAAGCCGAUAAGGCGCAUAUACUUGCCUCUGAUGGGAAUCUGGAAACAGUUAACAAGGUAAAUGACAACGAAGUAUGAAAAGCACACGAUGAUAAGAUUGUUAGAGCUUCAAUGCCAUGAAUUCUACAUAUGAAGAACUUCAUAUGACCUUGAAGAAUGUCCUAGACAAGAAUUUGCAGAAUGCAACAGCUUUACAGGGAUGCUGGAGAACAAUGGUCAUGCUCAUAUGUCCAUUCAGAAUACAGCUCAAAGAAACAAGCUAAACAGGGAAGCAAAGUGCUAGGUUUCCCAACAUGUCCAGCUAAGCUUACACUCCAUUGAAGUUCUGAAUAUGCAAUGAAUCUCUUUAAGUGCGGUGAGGUGUUGAAGAUGAUACCGCACAGAGCUUAGAUUUUCCUAGGCCAUCCCAAAAAUGUCUAUGGAACCAUUUAAUUUGUAUACAAGACUUAAGGGUUGAGAAUUCACACAUAACACUAAAAUGCAGAUAGUUGGAACACUUUUGGGUGCAUUUCAAUUGAUAGAUAACUUAUAUGGAACCAUUUUCAAAUUUGGCAAAGAAAACCCAUCCAUUUUGUUUGGCAA